GUUAUCAUUGUUAAAAAAUAUUAAAAGUUUAUGCUAAAAUUUAGUGGCUCAUUUUUUUUUAGCGAGUGCGUGCAUACGUGUUAUAUAUAGGAUGUUCAGAAAUUACCGCGUCAUCUUUCGUUGGCAGAUAGAGUGGGUUUAACUGAAUAGAAAAAUUCUUUAUUUUGCGAGUUUCUUACAAUAUAAAUCAAUAAGGCCCAAUUGUACUCAAUAUCACUUUGACUUUAAGCAAGAUUUAAAACUCUGUCUCGUUUUAAAGCCAAAAAGAGACAGAGACGGAAAGAGUUUUAAGCCUCGCUUAAAAUCAAAGUAACGUUGGUGCAAUCGGGCCUAACUAAUAAGAAGGCAACUAAUAUAAAGAUUUGCGGACAAGGAUGCAUCCACGUGAUUUAUAUCGGCGCAAUUUUUCUAUUUAGUUUAAUCCACUCCAUCUAUUCGCAAAAGUUGGCAGUUUAAUUACUAGACACCCCGUAUACAAUUGGAUGUAUAGGCUAUACAGUUCUAGGUAGGUCAUCAACCGGAUUGCCCCGGGUGCUAAGCGCGUACCCGACGCUAAGUUCGCUACCGCGACGCGGCGACACGGUUGAGCGACACUGUGCUCUCUCUUUCUCUCUCUCUUUCUCUCGUAUCUGGCCCUGACGGAUACAGCAGUGACGCACACCUGUGUGUGCCACUGUGCGCCUGUCGCAGGCAGUCAGUGCGCGUUCAUCGGCGUCCUUGCGACGUUUCACGUAUAUCAUCACCAUUACCGAUCGGUGCUAGUGAGUAGCGCACGAUCAUUUCGCGCAGAGUGCGCAUGCGCCUCCCCCCUCCCCCCUCCCCUUCCCACGUUGUCGUCGAUCAGUCGGUGUGGCUCCACAAUCGUACGUUCCACUUCCUCGAGCUCCACGUCUCCGCGUCCGCGUCUAUGCUUUCAGUUCGCCGCCGAUCGCACACCGUUAUCUCGAUCGCGCGCUCCUCGAUUGAUCGGUCUUUCCCCUCGUUAUUUCCCGGGUAGACGUCAAUCGGUUACGCGACACGUUGCCGCGCGAGCACAGGUGUGUUGAUUCAGCGAACAAACGGGAUACACAUUGCUGCUCUACAAACGGUGGUCGUACCUGGUCUGCCGCUAGCUGUGUCGCACUGUGUCGCACUGCAAUCGACGCGCGAGCAACAACGGGGCAAGGCGACAACGACGGUGACGGUGGCGGUGGAUGAGAGUGUCCUUUGACGGCGCAUGCACCACGUUGCAACGCGCGAAUACUCCGUCGGGACCCAUUGCGGGGUCCAAGGAUGGUGAGCUCUCGUACAUCCACCGUGAACAUCACGUCCACCGUUAACGGUAGCGGCAUAGCCGACGGCGCGGGGACCACGUCGCGCGAAGACGAGAGACGUGCGACGAACGGCGUCGGCGUCAGCGUCGGCGUCGGCAUCCCUCGAGAGUGGAAUCAGAGCGGGCCGCCCUCGCUCUCGAUGUCGGUCGAUCUGCAUAAUUUCGACAGUUCGACUCUCACAGACUCAGGACGGUAUUCCGCGAGCCCUGACGAUCACCAGGCCGCAUCGGCCAAUGCUACCACAAUCAAAAUCGGCUGUCACGACGAAGAGGAGAGCUACGAAGGUUUUGGUUCCGUUGAGGGCGAUUUGGUGGAUGAUGGACCGGAGUCGCCGGGCGGUAGCAGUUCCACGCCCUCGCCAACCGGUACCAACUUGCACAGAAAUCCAAGAAGUCCGAACUCCACCAUUGGAAAACAUUCCUGGUUGCGUACGUCGCUGCGAAGAACGCCUCCUUGUUCGGGCAGAAAGAGGCUCAGUUCUAACGCUUUAUGUAGCCAACUUUAUCGCAGUGGCAGCUUCAACAGCUCAGGGAUGGGUUCGAAUUACGAUGCUACGGACGAUGUGUACAGCGAUGUAUCCUUGGAUGAUGUCAUGGAUCUCAGCCAUAAAGUUCAAAUGAUCCAAGAGCAAAUGGAUGCUUUAGCGGAUACUAAGUCGGUCGGUGAGGAAAGGUACGCUCGAGCGAAACAAGAAAAUGCAACAUUACAGGCGCGAAUAUUGAUGCUCGAGGAAGCGGCCAAAGAUGCAGAAACGAGAGCCGAAGAGAGGCUUCAAACUGAGCAACGAAGACAUCGGGAAUGGGCGUGUCGAAUGGAACGGGAACGUCAGCUGCAACUGGAAAACUAUGACAUUAAGCUACAAGCAGCGGAGCUGGACAAUUCCAGUUUGCGGGAGGAGAUUGCGCGAAUACGCGAACAGCUCGAGACAGCGAGGACGGAUAAAGCGCAGCUCGAGAAUGAUCUCCGGGAGGCCAGAAGAGAAGCGGACGCCGCGCGCGAAAGUGAACGCCAUGCGAUAAGCCGAGCUAACGAGGCUCAUCAUAUGCUCGAUGUUAUGAGAGAAGAACUUUCGUUACGGAACGAGGAUCAGCAGAGGCUUGAAGAACUGGUGCAGCAGGUGGUUCAACUUCAAGCUCGCAAUAAAAGCUUGGAAGAAUCUCGAGAUGAACUGCAAGCUGCUGCAGCGUUGCAGGCAGGCCGUGAACUUAUAAUGCUGAAUCCUUGUAAUAAUAACGCUGAAAAGGGUCCUAGUCUUGCUGUGGAAUUGUUAGCCGGCAUGAAUCCAGAUCAGAUAGAUGGCAAAGGAGAACUCAAUGAACCGUGCACGAUGGCUGAAUUAAAACAAGCUCUAAAGGAACAGCAAGAAGUGAACACGCAAUUAAGAACAUACAUCGAUGGAAUAUUAUUGAACAUCGUGGAAAAUUAUCCGCAAUUGUUAGAAGUGAAACAAAUGCACUGAUACAUAGCACAUAAUCGAUCAUUACAUUCUGUUUUAAUGCUUUCAAGGCAGUUGUACAUUAACUUUCUUUUAAUUAAAGAGAUUCGAGGGGGCUGUCUAGAACUUGACCAACAUUGAUAUGUUUUACAUAUUAAUAUUUUCGAAUAGUAUUUGAAUAUGUAGCGCAAAAGCGCACUUGGAAGUCAAUUGUUAACUAAAAUCUAGCCUUUUUAAAGCAAUAGUUUCCCUCGCUUAACGCAAAACUCUGAAAGACGUCCAACUAACAUCGCAAAAGGAGCCUUUUCUAAUUAUAAAUCUUAAGACAUUUCUUCAGGUUUUUCUAUUUAUCUUAUCAGAAUCAAAAUUCGUAUGAUCGUUUAAGCUCUAGGCAGCGACCAUCUCUGUACGUCUAGAAAAAAAAGAGUAAUAAAAUGACGCUAUUGUAGUUGCAGCGUAUACUGCUAAUGAUACAAAAGGGAGAAUAUUCGACUGGUGUCAUAUCUCUGAGAUGUCAUACCAUUCGCAAAUCUAUGAGCCGUUUUUUUCCACUGCCGUCAAACUUUGUCGCGCUAGUAUCAUCAUUGCCAGAGUGGUGAACAAGUUACGCUUCUCGGAUUCUUUACAUGUCAUCGGCUGGCCUAAGCACUUUGCUAUACGCGAUAUCUUUAAAGUACUCGUAUAUUAAUGAUCAUAUAUGAUUAAUCCGAAUGAAUAUACAGGGUAUCCCCUAAUUAUUGAUGCAGCGCUCGUAUGCAGAUAGAACGGAAUAAACUAAGUCGAAAAGUUCUAUACUAUUUUGCAAUUUUCGUAACAGUUAACGAGAAAUUAUCUACUAAAAGUAGUCCUGAACCCGCUCUGAACUAUGAUUGUCCCCCGUCUUUCUUAUUGAAACGAAAUCUUCUAACAGCACAGAAAAAAUGUAUUUAAAAUUAAAGUAGUAUACAAGACUUAAUUAGCGAUUACUAGUAAUUAAUUUCUCGUUAACUAUCAUGAAAAUUGCAAAUCAGUACAAGACUUUUGGAGUCAGUUGGAUCCGCUCUGCUUGCACACGAGCACUGUAUCGACAAUUAAAAUUAGGGAUCACGUAUGUAUAUGUAUGUCAUGUAUCUGGACACGGUCUCGACGCUAAGACAUGGCGUGAGACACUGUCGUGCUCCUUUACCCAAUCAGCGAGUUGGAUUGAGAUUAUCGGUACAUAUAUACGUCAUGUAUACGUACGUGUACGCGCGUAUGCGAUAACGAAGAUGACAUAACUGCAGACUGCAUAUGUCGCGAAAACUGUGAUGCAUUAGAGUACCUUUUCAUUGAAAAUUUGUGUCUUGGCUACACACGCCUACAAUAUAUCCUACGGGCAACUAUCUUGUAUUCUAGAUCUUUAUAUCGAAAGCUAGUAAAAUUACAAUAAAUGAUUCUAUUUUGAUA